CGCUGGCCAUGCGGCUGAGCGCCCUGACCGCUGGGCCAGCUGCGGCUGCGGGGUGCGCGCACGGGAUUCGGCCGCGCCGGCAGCGACGCCAGCCAGAAGACGGCACAGCCAGCCUGCACAGCUUUAAGAACAAGGCCUUUAAGAAAGCCGAAGUCUGUGGGGUCUGCAGAAAAAUUAUCGACGGUCCAGGGAUUUCGUGCCGAACCUGCAAGUAUUCGUGCCACAAGAAAUGUGAAACCAAGGCACUGGGAGUCUCCUCACCGUCCAUGUCUCUCUGCUGUGACAAGCCAUCCAGGCCCUCCGCUCUGAGUGCCCCCGCCAUGGAGGACAGUCGCGAGCUGGACCUCACCUACAUCACAGAGCGCAUCAUCGCUGUGUCCUUUCCCUCCGGCUGCUCCGAGGAGUCCUACCUGCACAGCCUGCAGGAGGUCACACGCAUGCUGAGGUCCAAACAUGGGGACAACUACCUGGUAUUAAACCUUUCAGAAAAGAGAUAUGACCUGACAAAGCUCAACCCAAAGAUUCUGGAUGUGGGUUGGCCGGAGCUGCACGCGCCGCCCCUGGACAAGGUGUGUAGCAUCUGCAAGGCCCAGGAGUCCUGGCUCAACAGCGACCCCCAGCAUGUCGUGGUCAUUCACUGCAGGGGUACAAAGGGGCGCAUCGGAGUCGUCAUCUCAUCCUACAUGCAUUUCACCAAUGUCUCAGCCAGCGCCGACCAAGCUCUGGACAGAUUUGCAAUGAAGAAGUACUAUGAUGACAAAGUCUCUGCCUUGAUGCAGCCUUCCCAGAAGCGGUAUGUUCAGUUUCUCAGUGGACUUCUGUCGAGAACUGUGAAAAUGAACACCUCACCCCUAUUCCUGCACUUUGUCAUCCUGCACGGCACCCCCAACUUCGACACAGGUGGAGUGUGCCGGCCAUUUCUGAAGCUCUACCAGGCCAUGCAGCCCGUGUACACGUCGGGGAUCUACAAUGUCUGCCCAGACAACCACGGCAGGAUCCCCAUUGCCAUUGAGCCGGCUCAGCUCCUGAAAGGAGACAUCCUGGUGAAGUGUUACCAUAAGAAGCACCGCUCAGCCACCCGGGACGUCAUUUUCCGCCUGCAGUUUCACACCGGGGCCGUCCAGGGUCACAGACUGGUGUUUGGAAAGGAGGAUCUGGAUGGUGCCAGCAAAGAUGAUCGCUUUCCUGACAAUGGGAAGAUUGAAUUGGUCUUCUCGGCCACUCCUGAGAAGAUCCCAGGCUGUGAGCACCUGCGCAGUGACCACAGUGUGAUGGUGGAGUGCAACACGGCUGACCCGCUGAUCCUAUGGGACUCAUACGAAAACCUGAGUGCAGACGGAGAAGUGCUACACACACAGGGCCCCGUAGAUGGCAGUCUUUAUGCCAAGGUGAGGAAGAAGAGCACCUCGGACCCUGGCACAACUGGGGGACCCGCAGCUGCUCCGCCUGCCAGCAGCCCUGACCACGGGGAACACACGCUGUCAGUCAGCAGUGACUCGGGCCACUCCACGGUGUCGGUCAGAACGGACCGCACAGAGGAGCGCCAGGCUGCGGGCCCCAAGAGGGGCCUGAGUGCCCAGGAGAAGGCUGAGCUGGACCAGCUGCUCAGUGGCUUUGGUCUGGAAGAUUCCGGAAGCCCAAAUAAGGAAAUGACUGAUGCCCGCGGCAAAUACAGCGGGACACGCCAUGUGGUGCCCGCCCAGGUCCAUGUGAACGGGGAUGUUGCCCCCAAGGAUCGGGAGACAGACAUACUAGAUGAUGAAAUGCCUGGCCAUGAUCUGCACAGUGUGGACAGCAUCGGAACACUGUCAUCCUCUGAGGGCCACCCCUCAGCCCACCUGGGCCCUUUUCCCUGCCACCAGAGCAGUCAGAACUCCCUACUAUCAGAUGGCUUUGGCAGCAGCCCAGGUGAAGACCCUCCUGGGGGCAGCACCCUGGGCCCAGAAUUGGGCCUGGGUAUGGAGCCACUGUUCGAGCGGGAGCGGGCCUUUGGGGGCCGGGAGCCCAGUCAACCCCAGCCACCAGUGCUCGGGACGCCCUCUGUGUCCACCCAGACGCAAGCCUUCGGUCAGAGCAGCUACUCCACACAAACCUGGGUGCGCCAGCAGCAGAUGGUGACUGCCCACCAGUACAGCUUUGCACCCACUGAGGACACCAAGCUCUCUGCCAGCCACAGCACAGUGGACAGCACCCCUGGCCUGCUGCCCGCCCAGCCCAGGAUCCCGGUCACCCCUAACCGGGUGCCCAGCAGCAGGGUGGCAGUGCAGAGGGGUGUUAGCCCUGGUCCACACCCCCCGGACAUCCAGAGAGCCCCUCCUGGCACGGUUUGCAAAGCCAGAUUUCCCGAUAUCCCUGUGGUGAAUGGGACAGGCUUGGAGAUGAGCUCAGACCCCUCUCUGGGCUCCCCGACCCUGGACAUCGACCAGUCCAUUGAGCAACUCAACAGGCUCAUCUUGGAGCUGGACCCCACCUUUGAACCUGUGCCCACUCACCUGAACACCCUGGGUGGACAGGCCAAUGGCCUUGCGCACCUGGAUGGCGUAGGGAGUGGACUUCGGGCGGGCGGACCCCCACAGGACUCGGGAGAGGGUCCUGGCAGAGCCUCCAUGAGGCAAGGCUCUGUGGGGGACGAGACCCCAGGGGGAAGAUUUCGUAAGAGAAGCCUUGGCCAUUAUGACAACAGUGCUGGGGAGCAGCCUGCCAUCUCCAAGUACGGCUGGGGCAAGGCAUCUGGCAUGGAGCAGGGCCCUGGCCUAGCUUCCUUCCUCUCACCCACAGACACCAAAGAGGCUGUGAUCACCACGUACCCCCAAGAUCUCCACAGCAUCGACGGCCGGAUCUUCCUGCCCCCCAAAAGCAGCAGUGAGUCGGCAGUGUCCCCCACCCCGGCAUUCCCUGUGUCACCAGCAACCCCCUAUGUGAUGACGACAUCCCCCCAGUAUUCCCCAUACAGCCCCUCAGGGCCACAGAUGGGCAGCGCCAAUAGUCUGUACAAAGGAGGUCACGAGUCACGAGGCUGCCCUGAGAUUCUCAACCACACUGUGGGGAUGUCCGAGAGCCCUGGGGGACCCAUACCCACCACGCUUCGGGCUGACAUGCCAACAGCGGCCUCCUUCCAGCAGGCCUUCGCCUCCUCCUGCACCAUCUCCAGUGGCAGCUCUGGCCAGCGCAGAGACAGCCCUUCCUCAGCUGAGCACCCAUGGGUGGAGAGCAGCCCUAAGGCCACGCUGAGCCUGCUAGGGAGCAGCCGGUCUGCAGGAGGCCUCCUGGGCGCCGGUGACUUCUCCAGUCCCGGCAAGGACGACCUGGGGAGGCCACACUUGGCACAUGUGGAGCUGCAGACCUCCUUCCACAGCCCUCACGAGCUGGCCCUGGGGGAGUCGCCAGAAACCCUGGGACCCACAGCAGGCCAGACUUUCCUGGGCUUCGGCACCGCCCACCUGGGGAGUGGCCACCCACCAGGGGAGGAACCUGGGGCCUUGCUUGCCAAUUCUCACGGGGGUCCCCAGGGCCCAGGCCCCCUGCGGACAGCGGCAGCCGUGGCUGACAAUGGCUUCUUGGCCCACAACUUUCUCACCGUGACACCUGGACACAGUGGCCACCAGAGCCCAGUCCUGCAGAGCCAGGGGUUUAGCCUGACCGGACAGCCACCGCUCCCUGAGAAGAAGCGGGCCUCUGAGGGGGAGCGCUCCCUUGGCUCCGUCUCCCCCUCCUCCAGUGGCUUCUCCAGCCCCCACAGUGGCAGCACCAUGAGCAUCCCGUUCCCCAGCAUUCUCCCCGACUUCUCCAAGACUCCAGAGGCAGCCACACCUUCUCUGGAUAAUCCAGCUGAUAAACACCUCUCUGUGAACUUUGUCCAAGACACAUCCAAAUUCUGGUACAAGGCAGACAUCUCCCGAGAACAAGCAAUCGCCAUGCUGAAGGACAAGGAGCCUGGCUCGUUCAUCGUCAGGGACAGUCACUCCUUCCGAGGUGCCUAUGGCCUGGCCAUGAAGGUGGCUACUCCUCCCCCAUCUGUCCUGCAGUUGAACAAGAAAGCUGCAGAUCUGGCCAGUGAACUGGUUCGACACUUUUUGAUCGAAUGUACCCCAAGGGGAGUGCGGUUGAAAGGGUGCUCCAAUGAGCCGUACUUUGGGAGUCUGACAGCGCUGGUGUGUCAGCAUUCCAUCACACCCUUGGCUCUGCCCUGCAAGCUGCUGAUUCCAGACCGAGAUCCGUUGGAGGAAGUCACUGAAAGUUCCCCGCAGACGUCAGCCAACUCAGCAGCCGAGCUGCUCAAACAGGGGGCAGCCUGCAACGUGUGGUACCUGAACUCUGUGGAGAUGGAGUCCCUGACAGGCCACCAAGCCAUCCAGAAGGCCCUGAGCAUCACCCUGGUCCAGGAGCCGCCACCCCUGUCCACCGUCGUGCACUUCAAGGUGUCCACCCAGGGCAUCACCCUCACUGACAAUCAAAGGAAGCUCUUCUUCCGGAGACACUAUCCAGUGAGCAGCGUGAUUUUCUGUGCCUUGGAUCCACAAGACAGGAAGUGGAUCACAGAUAGCCCUUGCUCCAAGGUCUUUGGCUUUGUGGCCAGGAAGCAGGGCAGUGCCACAGACAAUGUGUGCCACCUGUUUGCAGAGCAUGACCCCGAGCAGCCCGCCAGUGCCAUCGUCAACUUCGUGUCCAAGGUCAUGAUUGGCUCCCCGAAGAAGAUCUGAGCCCCCACCUGCAGCCUUGAGGCUCCAGAGAGACUGGGGUGCUACCCUCACCCCCCAACUCCCUCCCCUGUGGACAGAGCAGACUGUCCCUGAGGACAUUCCAGGUCCUGCUGGGGAAGGGCUCCCUGACUCUCCAAACAGAACAGACACUCCCAUCUUCUGAUCAUUCCUGAAAGAAAUUGCCCAUCCACACUUCCAGUGCCAAGUACUUUGCCUGUGGAAGAAGCAGGGUGUCAGGGAACUCAUGCUCCUGGCUAGCUGGUAUUUGAGGGAGGCACAGCGCCUGGCCCCCCUUUGCUGUGGCUCUAUAUGGCCAUCCUCACCACCAGCCGAUGUCCUGGGGGUUCUAUCUUGUAGUUGAUUCUCCAGAGAGAGGGGCCGCAUGUUUGAGGAAGGUUUGAGCAUGACAAGAUUUCCAGAAUACAGAAUGUGGAUAAGGGGGUGCGACUCAGUGGACAAGAAGGUCAUUCGGUCAUGUAGAGGAAGACACAGAAGAGAGCAUUCCCACCCCAAUGAUACGGCUCUGGGGUUGAAGUGGGGCAGGGUGGGGUGGGGUAGGGUGGGGGAGCAGGGGCAGCUGUUAGGUGAUUUGCGGGAUGAGAGAGACGGAGAGCAGACGCAGGGCGUGAAGUAUUGUUUCUGCAUAAUUUAUACUGUGCUCUGCCAAAUUAUUUAUCGUGUGUGUGUGUGUGUGUGGAGGGAGGGGUGACACUCCACUGCACCUGCCAAACCUCCAGCUUUUCCUGAGGAGCACCCAGACCUGUGUGGUGUCCCCCCACCGUCAUCCCAGAGAGCUCCCCAUGCCAAGUGCUGCCUGCAAGGUGUUCAGACCUCCAGCAGCCCCAUCCCACCACUCACCUCACCCCUAUGUGGUCUCCAGGUGCAGGGGACUUGCUUCUUGAAGGAAGGUUCUGAAAGGUGGACACAUAAAACUUUUAUGUGCUUUUGGAGCUCUGUCUUGGAGAGACGGCCAAGAGCAUUGUCAGUCUCAUCUAUACUUGUCGGCUCCUGUUGGGGUGCUGUGUGUGUCCCCAGGUCCCUUAUCAGAGGGAAUAAGAGGAGGAGAAGGAAUUGGAAUCCCUGUAGGCUGUGUCCAGCUGUCACUUCUCUGCCUCAGUCACCCAAAGCAUUGCUGGCUGGUGUGAACAGCCCAGCUUCUGGAAUCGAUCAGUGGUCAGAGGCUGAGGAAAAGCAGACACCAGACACCAUGCAAAUUCAUGCUAAGGAUGCCCACUCCUGGAUAGUCUGUUCCCUGCUUUCAAAUCAACAACCAGUCCUCACAGCCCUCAGGAGCCCCCAGCACCGAGGCCUGGACUUGUGCUCCGUCCUCAUACAGUGGAAAGCUCGCAGCCAGUUCUUCCUGUAGCUCCUGUGAAAGCUCCCAACACAAGUGCCUCGUUUCUGUGCCAAAUGUUUGCCUUUAUCUUCACGGACCUCCUGCCCCCACAUGUGCUUGUGUGACUGUUAAAGAAAUACUAGCAUCUGCAGAAGCCCUGAGACUGGUCCUCUGUGGAGGCUGCAGGUGUUUCCACUGCCCACUCAAUCUGGCCAAGAGGAUGGUGUGUUCGUGUGUGCGUGUGUGCGUGUGUGCGUGUGUGUGUGUGUGUGUGUGUGUGUGUGUGUGUGUGUAGAAUGUCCGCAUAGCUGCUCCCUCCUGAGAGGCCCUGUAACCAUAUUACCUACAGACAGCAGGCCAGAUCCCUGCCCUGCCUAGAAUGGACAGGGUGGGCUGUUAGGAUUCAGGACCACAGGGAUGAAGCACCAGCCACCUCUAUAUAUUUUGUAGGCACCUGUCCCCGCACCACCCCCACCCCCCAAUUACACUUUGUCCCCGUGUCCUCAGCGUAGGCACACAGCCAUCAGAAGUCACACCCCACCCUGAUGUUGGCUUCUUUCAUGGACUGUGGCCUCUGCUCUCAGUAGUCAAGGGUGUCAGAAAGCUCACUGUAAGAGAAGGCUCCCUCUGAGCCAUCACAGGAAGCCCAGUGCCCAUGUCUGACAGGUGGUAUGACAGGUCUCCGCCUGACGUGUUCAAUGAACAUCACACAGGACGAGACAAGUGUGUCAGUAAAGGGCCGUACCCAGCUGCCAAGCGGGCUCCAUAGCAUCUGGCCUCUGGGUGUCAUCCCAGAAAGCCAGUGAGGACAGCUGCCCCGGGCGCUGAGACCUGCGCGUCACCUGCAUGCUGCGUUGUUCCAGUGUUAACUGACCACCGCGUCAGGGUCUUAUGCCAGGGGUCUCUGGGUUGGGCCCCUUGGCAUCAGACCUCUCAUGAAUCUCCUGAGCUGCCUUGUUAGUGGGUAUUUUUACUUUUUUCUUAUACUGUAAAGUAUAUAUCAAGUAUGUAAAUGGAUGUUCUAUAUAAAUCCUUUGUAUAGUCAUUUCCCCAACUCUUUAAAAUCUCUAUUCAAGAGUAUAAUAAAAUUAUAAGCUUGGUACGUA